AUGGCAAGGCGCAAGGGCAAGAGCAAGCAGUCAGGCAAGGGCAAGAGCAAGCGGUCAGGCAAGGGCAAGAGCAAGCGGUCAGGCAAGGCGCGGAAGCGGGGAAUGGGCGGUGGGGAUGGCUCGGAUUCGGUCAUUGAAGGCUUUGUGGAACAGGAGCAGAUGAUGCUGUCCAAGAUCGAGUCGAUGGAAAGCCAGUUGAAGGCCAUGGAGAAGCGGAUCAAGCGAGCUGAGGGUGGUAUCGACCCGGACACGCAGCUUUACCUCGAGACAAAGCUCAAGAAGGCGCUAGAGCAGGAGGAAGCGCUUGAAUUGCGGGUCGAGGCCCUAGCCCAGCGCAUCGAUCAUCUCGACGAUGGCUCGCUCCGCCGGAAGCGCAACUCCAGGAGCAGCAAGGGCAAGACCAAGGCCAAGGCCAAGACCAAAGGCAAGACCAAGCUGCGGAAGCGGUGAUACCCCACUCGAUCUUCAUCGAGAGGUCGUCAUCCAGUGAAACGCCAGCCGAAUGUCUGAAAGUAACCCAUGUCCACGACUUUGCAAGACGCGCGGCCAUGACGCCAUCAUCAUGACCUCCUACGAGACCCACUGCCGACCUGCCGCAUCGAGCCGCAGCCCAGGCUACGCCGGUUUCCAGCAUCUACUCUAGCACCGGAAUUUACGUAGCAACAGGUACUACCUUGCGCGAGGUCGGCGAUCUCCCUCUGGGCAGGGUGUGGGCCAAAGGCGGCCGGUCGUCUGAUUGCUCAUGAUUGUUCCAAUUAAUCGAUGCAAUCGCGAUGACGCCACCUCCACCAUUAAAACUAUGAGCUCGCCGG